CUCUGACGUGGCAUGUUGACGAAACAAAAGAUUCAGAAGCUCGGAGAAACCAAUAAAUACAUCACUAAAGCAUCGCCCAUCAUCCACUGCAAUGGCUAAGCUCUCUCUCUCCUCUGUCUAUUUCGUUUUCUCUCUCUUCCUCUGUUUCUUCUCGUCAACAUCUUCUCCGGAUGGGUUAGAGUCUUACAUCGUUCAUGUACAGAGUUCUCAUAAGCCUACUCUCUUCUCCUCCCACAACCACUGGCACAACUCUCUCCUCCGCUCCCUCCCACCUUCUCCACAACCACCAACGCUCCUCUACUCUUACUCACGCGCCGUUCAAGGCUUCUCCGCUCGUCUCUCACCAACACAAACCACCGCUCUUCGCCGUCACCCCUCCGUUAUCUCCGUUAUACCAGAUCAAGCGCGUGAGAUCCACACCACUCACACACCUGCCUUCCUCGGAUUCUCAGAUAACUCUGGUCUCUGGAGCAACUCCAAUUACGGAGAAGACGUCAUCGUCGGCGUUCUGGAUACCGGAAUCUGGCCGGAGCAUCCUAGCUUCUCCGAUUCAGGUCUCGAUCCAAUCCCUCCUACGUGGAAAGGCGCGUGUGAGAUCGGACCUGACUUCCCUGCUUCGUCUUGUAACCGUAAGCUAAUCGGAGCUAAAGCGUUCUACAAGGGAUACUUAACGCAACGUAAUAAAACAACAACGAGAGCAGCGAAAGAAUCGCGAUCUCCGCGGGAUACAGAAGGUCACGGGACCCACACGGCAUCAACAGCAGCUGGAUCGGUGGUUGCGAACGCUAGCUUGUAUCAAUACGCACGUGGAGUGGCACGUGGGAUGGCUUCUAAGGCGAGAAUCGCCGCUUAUAAAAUCUGUUGGACAGGUGGUUGUUACGACUCCGAUAUCCUCGCUGCGAUGGAUCAGGCCGUUGCGGAUGGUGUUCACGUGAUCUCGUUAUCCGUUGGAGCUAACGGUUACGCUCCCGAGUAUCAUAUGGACUCAAUCGCGAUCGGAGCGUUUGGUGCCACGCGCCAUGGAAUCGUCGUUUCAUGCUCUGCUGGAAACUCUGGUCCUGGUCCAGAGACCGCUACUAACAUCGCUCCUUGGAUCUUAACCGUCGGUGCGUCCACGAUCGAUAGAGAAUUCUCCGCGAACGCGAUCACCGGGGAUGGGAGAGUCUUCACCGGAACGUCGCUCUACGCCGGGGAGGAUCUCCCUGAUUCUCAGCUUCCUCUGGUGUAUUCCGGCGAUUGCGGGAGUAGAUUGUGUUUCCCCGGGAAGCUGAACGCGUCCUUGGUGGAAGGGAAGAUCGUUCUCUGCGACAGAGGAGGUAACGCUAGAGUUGAGAAAGGAAGCGCCGUCAAGAUCGCCGGCGGAGCCGGCAUGAUUCUCGCGAAUACAGCUGAAAGCGGAGAAGAACUCACCGCGGAUUCGCAUCUCCUCCCGGCGACGAUGGUCGGAGCUAACGCCGGAGAUCAAAUCCGCGAGUACAUUAAGAAAACAGACUCUCCAACGGCGACGAUCAGCUUCUUAGGCACUUUGAUCGGACCGUCUCCUCCUUCUCCAAGAGUCGCCGCCUUCUCAAGCCGUGGACCGAAUCAUAUAACUCCGGUUAUCCUUAAACCGGACGUGAUUGCGCCAGGUGUUAAUAUAUUAGCCGGUUGGACCGGAAUGGUUGGUCCAACCGAUUUAGAUAUCGAUCCGAGACGGGUUCAAUUUAAUAUAAUCUCCGGUACGUCGAUGUCGUGUCCUCACGUGAGUGGACUCGCUGCUCUCCUCCGUAAAGCUCAUCCCGAUUGGUCACCCGCCGCGAUCAAAUCGGCGCUCGUUACAACCGCUUACGAUGUAGAAAACUCAGGCGAACCGAUCGAGGAUCUCGCUACCGGUAAGUCGUCGAAUUCGUUUAUCCACGGAGGUGGACACGUGGAUCCGAAUAAAGCGUUGAAUCCUGGUUUGGUCUACGACAUUGAUGUUAAAGACUACGUGGCGUUCCUCUGCGCCGUUGGAUACGAGUUUCCGGGGAUUUUAGUGUUUCUUCAAGAUCCAACGCUUUACAACGCUUGUGAGACGAGUAAGGUGAGAACAGCUGGGGAUCUUAAUUAUCCAUCGUUCUCCGUUGUUUUUGGAUCGAGUGUGGAUGUUGUGAAGUACAGAAGGGUUGUUAAGAACGUUGGGAGCAGUGUUGACGCGGUGUAUGAAGUCGGAGUUAAAUCUCCGGCGAAUGUGGAGAUUGAUGUGUCUCCGAGUAAGCUUGUGUUUAGCGAGGAGAAGAGGGAGUUGGAGUAUGAAGUGACGUUUCGGAGCGUUGUGCUUGGCGGGGGAGUUGGAUCUGUACCGGGUCAUGAAUUCGGGUCGGUUGAAUGGACGGACGGUGAACACGUUGUCAAGAGCCCGGUGGCUGUUCAGUGGGGUCAAGGCUCAGUUCAGUCAUUCUGAUUGAAUUAAGUAUUUGGGUCAGUUAAUGGGCCUUGUAGUAAAUGGGCUGAUCUGUUGAGCUCUUACUCUUGUGUUAGACCAUGAUGCAUAGGGUAAAUGAGCAGAAAAUUCGAUUUGCUUUUGUAAAAUUAGCAACCUGUUUAUUUCAUCAAUCCGUCAAACAAAUGAUUGGGAUUUAUUAGCCCAAAUGUUUUAGUUCAUUAGCCCGACCAUUAAUUAAAAUCGAUUCAAAGAUCCACAAGAACAUUAAUAUUGGGCUAAUGCUGUUUGUAACCAGACCGUUAUAUACAAGACUAGGUGGUUGUUUG